GAGACGGACCUUCUCAUGAUAGAUGGGAUGAUAGACGAAGAAGCUGCGGCUGUCAGGGCUCUGUGGAGUAAACAGGGCGGAGCUGGGCUCUACCCUCCCAAGAGUCUACAUGCUUUAUUGACGAUAUAUUUGUUGGAAAACAUCUCUCAGGCCAGUAAACACAGUCUGGUGGCUUACUUCUUCCUGGACCUCAUCUCUAUGAUGGGAGAGAAAGAUCAGAAUUUGGUAGACAGACUGAGCAGGUUCUGCCAAGCCAUCCACCUUCCUCAGAGCAGAACUAGAAUGAUACAGGGGUUUUGGCUGCUGGAUCAUAAAGACUUUGAGGAAGCUGUCCUACUCCUCCUAGACCCCAUGUUGCUAGAGGAAAUGUUACCAUGGCAACAUAACAGAAUCAUCAAAGCAUUCCUGUACCAGGGAGAGGAGAAGAUCGCCCUGAAGUUCCUACGUGUGAAAAAGCCCCCUCUGGUGACCCCCGAGGACAUCAGGUUACACCUCACUGUGUUGUUGGCCAAUGGCCUGAUAUCCGAAGCCUUUGAAUACCAGAAAGUGUGCAGUAAUAAUGAGAGGGAUAAUGAUAAUUUACUGGGACAUCUCUUCACUGCCUGCCAGCAGACCAAGACAAUAGACCGUCUCCUACAGUUACCGCUCACAGACGGGGAGGAGAGGCAGCUCUUACAAUAUCUGCGUGACAGCAAGGAAACACGCAACAUGGAGAUCCUCAUGCUGCAUUUCCUGCAACGUGCACGCUAUGUGGAGGCCAUACGACUCAACGAGAAACUGGGACAGACUUUACUUCACGAGAGUGACCCUAAGACCAGGGAGAGAGCUGCUGCCAGGAACUCCAUUGUGGAAUGUUACUCCAAGGUCCUGCCCAGCGUCCAGAGAAAACUGACCUUUGGCAGUGACCACAGGCCAAAGAAGACCAUGCAUUUGACCAGGAGAGAAAUUCAGCGACCCCGUCCCCUGUCAACAGUGGUACACCAUAACAACAACCAAAAAGUAAUCUCUAACGCCAUGUUGAUCAAUGCUGUGCUGGAGAAGAUAGGAGAGACACGGCCGCUGCCAGAGCAGACACCUGUCAGGAACAGACCGCAGCCUUCUGACACAGCACUGGGUCCCUUCAUCUGCACUCCUGUCACACCCAGAGCCAAGUCUAACCUUAUCAGUGAAGACACGGAAAUCGUAUACCCCAGCAUACAGAGAGAUGCCAGGACGGAGGAGAGAUCCAGAACAGUGUCACCUGUGAAGAAAAUGGUGACAGGAUUAAUGCCUCAGACGUCGCUGGCUUCCCCUGUGACAGCAAAGAACCAGAAUGUCAACAGGAUACUAAGUACAGAAGCCCUCUCCCUUCUUCAAACACCCCCUGUAAAGAGAAGAACACCCCCGACGUUGAAGAAGCUGACGUCACUCCAGCAUACUCCUCAGUCCAUUCUCAAAGUUCGUCAGGUGGUCAAGCGUUCACCAAGUCCGAGCCCGCUUCAGCAGGACCAGCCACAGACCAUUAAGAGACUCUCAUUCCUCAAUGCUGACCUCGCUCUGGAGACUCCACCCAGGUAUCAGAGGAAGAAGGUCGAGGUCAGAAAAACCAAGGUCAAGGACACUCCAAAGCACCUGAGGUUUGCAGGCCUGUCCACACCGUCACCAGAACCAAGUCCACCAAAGGCGCCGUCUCCACGUAGAACACGCCGUCGAAGUCCGACACCAGAAAGGACGCCACCAGAGCAGGUUACAGUAAGCUCUCGUAGACCCCUGAGAAAUGACACAGACGAGGAACAGACGCCCACUGGCAGUCAGAAAAAGACCAGUGUCGACAUUGCUGAUGAUGACAUACAAGUCGUCGACGCAGAAGUCACGUUUAACUUUGACAAAUCAAAACAGGAAGAGGCAAUAGCAGAUGAGGAAGCAAUGGAGACCAGUGAAGGCGAUGGUUCUUCCAUAGUAACAUCCACUACCUCUGCUGGACUUGGUCAUCAAAGGGUCAGUUUCCAGUUAGAGAAUAACUAUGAGGAACAGGUGCUUGUCUCAGGUGAUAGGGACUCACCUCCAACUGUGGACUUGACCACAACAGAAACGGAGUCAGGAGAGGCCAGUCUGGCUCCUUCCAGUAGUGAACCUCUUCCAAAUUUGGAGGAAGAAAAGAUGGACAUUGAUGAAAAUGCUGAGUCAUCUGUUCCUUCGGAAUAUGAUAAAAAUAUGUCAGAGAAGAUAAAACUUCAAGCUGGGUCAGUGCUGAGGGAAGAUGAAACUGUGACAUUAGCACCUUUGGUUGUGAUUCCUCCGGAUUCUGUCACCAGUUUGGAACAGCCGUCGCCAGUCAGGAGGUCCCCAAGAUUUGCUCAUUCUGAAAUAUCUGAACAGACCUCGGAGUUCAAAACUCCGCCCCGACCGUCCCAUCUCUCUCCACGUCCCAUCUCCCUGCCAGCUCUUCCCACACCUCCAGAGUCCGUGAGAGGCUCACCAACCAGGUCUCCCAGCAGACUGCUUAGACAGCGAUCAGCGUCAAGAUCUCCCUCAAAAUCACCUCCAAGACAUGCCCCCGAGAUGGAAUCCACGAUUGCUGCAGAACAGGUCAAAGGUCGCAAGUCCCCAUCCAGGACCCGAAAGUCGCCAAGCAGGUCCAGAACUCCAGAAAGGAAAGCUCCUAGUCCAACCCGCACAAGAGGGAGUUCAGAAAGUCCUUCAGGUUCGCCUCUGUCUCAGGAAGCAAGGGCAGCAAGUCCUUCUAGAACAAUUCAGUCUAAGGGAAGGAAAUCCCCAAGUCGGGGCACUAAGUCCCCUAGUAGAUCUAAAUCUCCUGUCAAAGACAAAGAUCAAGCAGCAGAAAAUGUAGAGGAUGUUGGUGAAAAAAGUCCUACUAGAAGAACUAGGAAGUCACCGGCAAGAUCAAAAUCGCCAGAGAAACUAUCAAUAAGUCCAAGAAGAACGCGGGGCAGUACACCUAGUAGAUCGGAUUCCCCUGAAAAAGAUCAAAUUUCACGUCGAACUCGCGGCAGCACACCUACCAGAACUGAACUUCCAGAAGAACAACAGGCGUCGAGGAGAACUCGUGGCAGUACACCUAGCAGGACAGAAUCCCCUGAGAGGGUGCCUCAAAGUCCAGGAAGAGGCAGAAACCAGAGACAGAGUAACAAAUCUACAGAAUCUAAGACUUCGCCAAGUAGGCCAAGGUCACCUGAGGUCAAACCCAAGAGCCCUGGGAGGGGCAGAAAAACUCCAGCAAAAAGUGUUGCUGCCAAGGAAAAGGACAGGACACCUAGUCCUUCUAAAUCCCCACAGGGGGCACCACUUGGCAGUAGACUGAGGACAAGAAAAGUCACUGAAAGUAGCGUUCCAACAGAGGGCAGCACAGAGACGCUCAGUGACAAGGACAAAUCUCCGGACUCUCAUGCUCCUGUUACUAGGGCUAAAAGCCCAGCCAGGCUGAGAAAGACGCCUGCAGAAAACUUGAAAAAAUCUGUGAUAAUUGAGGUCGACAAUUUGACAUCUGAAGGGUCGCCUGAAGUCGUGCUCAAGAGCCCAAGUCGGCAGCGUAAAUCUGGAGGGCGAGGAAAAAAGACUUCAAGUGCAAAAGAACCCAGUACAUCAGAAAAGUCUUCCGAGGAGACGGAGACAGAGACGGAGAAAGAAACGGUCCCUCCGGCUAAAAGUCCCUCCAGGAAGGGGAGAAAGUCCCCCAGUAGGUCCCCAGCUGCCCCUCAGACCACGGAAGUACCUCAGGAGGAGGUGAAAAAUGCCGCAACUGUUCCCAAAAGUGUUCCCAGGAGGGCCACCAGGGCCACUAGAGCUAGCAGUGUGGACUCUGAAGUCACUGACACUGAUGUCCCUGCUCAACCCUCAGAGGUGGAAGAGACCCCAGUGACAUCACGAGCAAAAUCAGUGAAAAAGAUUGGCGCCAAAACCAAGUCUACAGGUAGAAGUCCUGCCAGGACACGUAAGGCGAAGAAGUCCGAGGAAAAAGAACAACUACAGUUCACAUUUUCUGAGCCUACAGUGAUCCCCCAUGAUUUAGAGAGUCUUCCAGAGAGUCUAGACAUGCCAGGGCUGCCGUUUGUUUUCUCCCCUCCAGUAACCAGGACUCGCUCCCACAAGAUGGAGCCACUGGAGGAAGAAGAAGUCAUUGAAGGCUCACCACUAGGGGGCGCAAAGAUAAAAGCCAAGAAGGAACCAAAGAAAGCUGCAGCAAAGAAAAGUACAAAAACAAGAAAAACUACAGUUAGCAGUCCGUCUGACAGUCCCGUUAGUUUGCUAUCUCCAUCCACAGAAGAGCACCAGGAGACAUCGGUGCCAACAAGGACUCGUGUCAGAAGGAUGGCAUCUCAGAGCCAGUCCUUGCGACCAAAGACGUCACCACCAAAAAAACGAAAGACUGUCAAGAAAUGAAGAUCAGGAUCUUAAAAAAGACUGUUAGUGUGGCAUAAUGACAAUAGUUGGCACUGCUUGUCAGACGUAUGGCAUCUCAGAGCCUGUCCCUGCAACCAGAGACGUCACCGACAAAAAAGGAAAAAACAGCAAAGAAAUAAAGAUGGGAAUUAAAAAAAAAAAAGAC